AAAAAUAAAAAAAUAAAAAGGUUUUUCUAAAACCUCAAUGGAGACUCUAUCUUCUUCAUGUUGUUCUUCUUCUACAAUCAGACUUAGUGGGCACAAAUUAAAUUCAUUUUCAAGAAAUGGGUUUACUUUAUUUUUACCAUUUUCUUCACAAAGUUUGUGCUUUAACCUCAGUAAAAAACCAUCAUCAUCAAUGGUAAUCAUGGCUUCCAAGAAAAAUAAUAAUAAUAAUGAAAAAAAGAAAGAAGAUAGACAUAGUUUUGUGGCAAAACCAGAUGAAACUACUGGUGUUUUCCCUGAAUCAGUUUUACUCAAACAGAAAGUAGUUCAAGAAGAUGGUCAACUUCUUCCUGAGUUUGCAGAUGCUGAUGAGCAGGAACUCUAUGAAGCUCUAAAUCUAAUGCUGGAAAGCGAUUUGGAUGCUGAACAGAAUCGUCACUAUGAAGUGGUCUAUUUGAUCCAUGAGAACUUCGAAGAAGAAGUUGAGAAAGUAAAUCUUAAAAUUCAAGAGUUUCUAAGCGAGAAAAAGGGCCGAGUCCACAGAUUCAGUGAUUGGGGGCUUCGAAGGCUGGCUUACAAAAUACAAAAAGCAAAAAAUGCACAUUAUAUUUUGAUGAACUUUGAGAUUGAAGCAAAAUGGAUAAAUGAUUUCAAGAGUAUGCUAGACAAAGAUGAGAGAAUUAUUCGACACCUAGUUAUGAAACAGGACGAGGCCAUCACUGAAGAGUGCACCCCUCCUCCUGAGUUCCACACACUUCGUGCAGACAUGGAUGACAAUGAUGAUGAUGAUGAGUAUGAUGAUGACGAUGAGAGUGAUGAAAUUGUUGACAAUGGUGAUGAUCCUGGUAUCAUUUACGUCGAUGCAGAUGAGGAUCAAGAUAACGAUAAAGAUCGUAAACCUGAGGAUUUAAAGAUUGGCGGAAGAAAAAAAUUGGAAAAGGUUCGCAAAUUUUGAUUGAUGAUUUUGGUUAUUGUAUUGUAACAUCAAUCAAAUUUGCGACCCUAUGUUUAUGACCUUUUUAAGUCGAAUGUACUUGACGUUCAGGAAAAAAAAAAGUUGAAUGUACUAAUCAAAGAACUAGCAAACUAUUCAGGUUUGAGACCCUAUGUUUUUGUGUUUAAAUAGAAUGUACUAGAUAUGUUUGAAGUU